AUGUCCCUCUUCCCCCGCCAGAUCGACUCCUCCACCAUCCCCUCGGCCUGCUCCGACCAAUGCCAAUCCGCCAUGUCCAUCUACUCCUCUUGCUCCUCUUCCCCCGUCGAUACCUCUGGCUGUCUGAAAGUAUGCGAGCAGUCGACCUUCAACGAUUUUGUGGCGUGUAUGGAUUGUACUGUGGAUGAAGGGGGUGUCACAGGGACUUAUGUGCUGCAGUUGAUGGACGCGGUGGACCAGUUGAAGGAGGCGUGUAGGCAAACGGGACAGCCGGUCACAGGUGGUAUUGCCGGCUCAACCAAUACCGGGUCAGGUACAACCCGCACCCAAAUCUCUGGCCCCGGUACAUACUCGGGCGUAUACAACUCUUCUGCUGCCGGGGCCAACACCGCUAAGGCUGCUGCUGGAUCUUCGGGUGCGGGGUCCGCGAUCGUUUCGGGCGCGACCGCUGCUGCCAGUGAUGGUUCUGCUGCUGCGACUAGCUCGGCGGCGGCGGCUGCUACCGACGAGUCCUCUUCCUCCUCUGCUGCCCCUCUUGUCCAACUCGGUACCGGUCUUUUCUCUGGGAUUCUUGCCUUGGGUGCGGGAGUCGGAGCGAUGUCCGUACUGUGA